AUGAACCACCUGACGCUUACCUUCAAUUUGUUAAGGCAGCGCCUUACGUGCUCAGCGACUGCGGCGCGCUGCUAUGCAGCCAAACCGGCUGCUGUGGCAGCAGUGGGCAAAAAGAAGAAGCUGGGCAAGCUGGGGCCCAUCAUGGAAAAGAAGAUAAUACCAGUUGAAACGGAUGCAAACAAAUUGGUCAACUACGUGUGCGGCAGCAACUAUAUGAAGACUGGCGAGGACAUCAAGCUCAAGCCUGACUCGGAGUACCCAGACUGGCUGUGGACCUUAAAUACCGAACGCAUCAUACCGCUGGAAGAAUUGGAUCCCAACACCAAACAGUAUUGGCGCCGCCUGCGUAAAAUGGCUCUGCGGCGCAACAAUCAACUGUCCAAGCUGAAGAAGUUCUAAGUGCGUUAUUUUCUCUGUGCCUGGUAGCUGGUCACACUGCUCACCCGACCUUCAACUGUUUAAACGAAUCGUCGUAUAUAGCUUUCUUUGGUCAGCCGAGAAUUCUUUCAUUAUUUACCUUGCUGUUGGAGCAAGAAUAAACACUUCGAUUACUUUUAUUGCUACGUUCUUGUAGCAUAACAUGUA